AUGUAAUAAGAAUAUAUCAGAUUAAUUAUUCACUUGCCUAGGUACUUUUAUAUGUAGCUGGAUGUUCAGAUAAUCCUAGUUAAACUACAUGGAAAAUUACAAGAACAUGUACUAAUCAUGGUUCAAAUGUAACUAUUUUUAAGCAUAAUAAUUGUUCUAAUUGGUUGUACAGUUAAUUAUACUAAUAAUGCAAGUAUCGAAAGAACUUGUAAAAAUUAUGGAUCUAAUGUUACUGAUUACACUGAUAAUAGUUGUAGUAUUUGA